AUGCCCGACAUCUCAGUUGAUGUCCUUGUCAUUGGGGCUGGCCCAACGGGUCUUGGAGCCGCCAAAAGACUGAAUCAAGUCAACACUGCUUCAUGGUUAAUCAUCGACUCCAACGAGACCCCUGGUGGGCUCGCCUCAACCGAUGUGACCAACGAGGGCUUCCUCUACGACGUCGGAGGGCAUGUCAUCUUCUCCCACUACAAAUACUUCGAUGACUGCAUUGACGAGGCAUUGCCAAAAGAGGAUGAUUGGUAUACACAUCAGCGCAUUUCGUAUGUGCGAUAUAAAGGCCACUGGGUACCCUAUCCAUUCCAAAACAACAUCUCUAUGCUGCCUAAGGACGACCAAGUCCUGUGCAUCGAUGGAAUCAUUGAUGCCGCCCUUGAAGCAAGAGUUGCAAACACAAAGCCGAAGGAUUUUGACGAAUGGAUUGUUCGGAACAUGGGAGUUGGAAUUGCCGACAUUUUCAUGCGACCGUACAACUUCAAAGUCUGGGCGGUCCCUACCACCAAGAUGGCAUCCGAAUGGCUGGGAGAACGUGUUGCUGCGCCCAAUGCUAAAUUGGUCACGAGGAAUGUCAUCCUCGGCAAAGUUGCUGGGAAUUGGGGUCCCAAUGCGACAUUCAGAUUCCCUGCCAGAGACGGCACUGGUGGCAUCUGGAUCGCUGUGGCCAACACUUUGCCCAAGGAGAAGAAGCGCUUUGGAAAGAAGGGUGCUGUCAAGAAGGUCAAUGCAGACAAGAAAGAGGUGACGCUGGAAGACGGCACCACGGUUGGCUAUCAGAGACUGAUCAGCACGAUGGCGGUGGACUCUUUGGUAGAGACCAUGGAAGAUGAGAAGCUUGUUACACUAAGCAAAGGUCUGUUCUACAGUAGUACUCACGUCAUCGGGGUGGGUGUCCGUGGUUCUCGCCCAGAACGCAUCGGCGACAAGUGCUGGCUCUAUUUCCCCGAGGACAAUUGCCCCUUUUACCGAGCCACGAUCUUCUCCAACUACUCACCAUAUAAUCAACCACAGAAGGAUGUCAAGCUGCCAACGCUGCAACUUGCCAAUGGAUCGCGACGCCAAAGCAUGCAAGCAAAGGCAGGCCCUUACUGGUCGAUCAUGUUGGAAGUUUCGGAGUCCAGUAUGAAGCCUGUGGACAAUGAGACGCUCCUAAAGGAUUGCAUCCUGGGGCUCGUCAACACGGAGAUGUUGAAGCCAGAGGAUGAGAUUGUGUCGACAUAUCACCGACGAUUCGAUCAUGGAUACCCCACGCCGUCGCUAGAACGGGAGGGUGUCCUCAAGCAAUUGCUACCAGCUCUCCAAGAAAAGGGCAUUUACAGCAGAGGGCGAUUCGGCUCCUGGCGAUAUGAGGUGGGCAACCAGGACCAUUCAUUCAUGCUGGGUGUGGAGGCAGCGGACAACAUUCUCAACGGUGCUGCAGAACUCACUCUGAACUAUCCCGACUUUGUGAAUAGUCGUCAGAACACAGAGCGCCGUCUGGUCGAGGGUGCACAGAUUUUUGGAAAGAGAGCAGAUGAAAGCAAUGGCAAUGUCGUUGUCGGACGACGAAUGACUGGUGGGAAGGCUGAACUUGGUGGCCGUGUGAAGGGCUGA